GCGCGGCCGCCCCUUCUCCGCCCCGGCGCCGGAGCGCGGCCGGCGGCAGCAGCGCCCCUCCUUCCCCUCCUUCCCCUCCUUCCCCUUCUUUCCCUUCUUUCCCUCCUUCCCCUCCUUCCCUCCGCGAGGGCGGGCGGAGAGCGGCGGCGCCGCGCGGGAGGCGCUCCGGAGCCAUGCGGGAGUACAAGGUGGUGGUGCUGGGCUCGGGCGGCGUGGGGAAGUCCGCCCUCACGGUGCAGUUCGUCACCGGCUCGUUCAUCGAGAAGUACGACCCCACCAUCGAGGACUUCUACCGCAAGGAGAUCGAGGUGGACUCCUCGCCGUCCGUGCUGGAGAUCCUGGACACGGCGGGCACCGAGCAGUUCGCCUCCAUGCGGGACCUCUACAUCAAGAACGGGCAGGGCUUCAUCCUGGUCUACAGCCUGGUCAACCAGCAGAGCUUCCAGGACAUCAAGCCCAUGCGGGACCAGAUCAUCCGCGUGAAGCGGUACGAGCGGGUGCCCAUGAUCCUGGUGGGCAACAAGGUGGACCUGGAGGGCGAGCGGGAGGUGUCCUUCGGGGAGGGCAAGGCGCUGGCCGAGGAGUGGAGCUGCCCGUUCAUGGAGACCUCGGCCAAGCACAAAGCCUCGGUGGACGAGCUGUUCGCCGAGAUCGUCCGCCAGAUGAACUACGCCGCGCAGCCCGGCGGGGACGAGCCCUGCUGCGCCUCCUGCGCCAUCCUCUGAGCGCCCGCGGGGACGGACCCGGCUCCGCACCGCCCGGGCCGGGCACACGGGGCGCCGCCUCCCGCCCGCCCCAUCGCGCUGCUCCGCUCCGCGUCGCGGCCGUAGCGGGGCCGGGCGCCCCGACACGCUAUGCAAGGUGGAGAGCGGCGCCGUCCACCCGGACCGGGACCGGACGGAGCGCGGGGCGGAGCGGGGCGACCGCCUGUGAAAGGAUUCUCUAUUUUGUUUACCUGCUGUAUCACAGGGAGUCUGCAGGAGAGUGGCAGGGCGUUCUUUUUUAAUGGUUCUUUUUUUGCGAUCAGCUGUGAAAACGUUACAAGUCUGCACAAUGUUUAGGUGUGCGUGCGUGUGUGAUUUCGUUAUUUCCCCCCAACCCCCCGGCGGGUGAGAGGGCCGCUCCUUCCCGGGGCUCUCUCUGGGUCGGCGCUGCCCCGCAGUGCCCCCCCCCCCUCCCCCCGCAGCCCCGUGCCCGCAGUGCCUUCCCCGCACCCCGUGCCGGCCCGUGCCAACCUGUGAGCGCCGCAGAAUCCCCUUCUCUGCCACUCGGAACCCACGCACAGUUCCCUCUCAGUAAUCGUGCCCAACAGGCCGGGACAAAAGGGCCCAUUGUUGGUGGGAUUUAUUUCUUAUUUCCAUCCGAGCCUUUUAGCUGUAAUUUCCACGUCUUGCAAGUUUGGCCUUCAUUUACUUCAAAUUUGCAAGAAUUCAGCCUUUUGGGACUUUGAGCGGUGGGCUUGGUUUUUGUUUCUUUUUUCUUUCUGCCUCCUUUGUGUUUCAUUACUAUCAUUAUAGUGGGGUUACUUACCACCAGCCGGCAGAGGAGGAGAUCUCAACAUUGUGACGUGCCCAGAAGAUCCCCCCAGCUGUCCUUUUGGUUCCAGACCUGCAGUUAAGAGAUAUCUCUCCAUUUUAAGAGUUUUAAUACAAGUGCUGUUUUUUAGAAACCAACUUUGUGCUCUUUUAUGUAUUACAUGGAAUGCUUUGACAUAGGCCGUUAAUCCUGGUUCACAGCAGAGUUGCAGUAAGGAUGGGCACGAGGGGCUUUGUUAAGCUAAGGGUGCUGUUUAAAAACAAGAAGGAAAGAAGCCCAAAUGCUGAAGCCCAAGGUGCUAAACAGCAGUAGAAUAGUGAUGCAGUUUUUCCUUUGUGUUUAGGUCCUGAUGCUGUGCAAGGCAGCAGGCACAGAGUGCUGUGCUCAGUAGGCAGCUGUAGGAAGGUGGCGUGUUGUAAUGCAGCAAUGUCUCCUAAGGUUGGGACCCUGUGGUUUGCUAGAGCAAAAGUCUGAAAGUCAUUUAUGGCAUCUCAGCUUUUCAUCCCUUUGCAUUUUAAUGCCUUGAAAUUGCGGUUUCCUGAUUUGAAGAGGGAGCUGGGUGGGAGGAGUCUGUACCUUCAGUGAGCUGGGAUGCCUGGGCUUUGGUGGUCGCCAUUACCUUUCUCUCUCCGCUCCUCUUCAACGACUGGCACACAAAAAGUGUGUCUUUUUCCCUGUGCCAAGCAAACUUGAAAUUGUCUUACUGCAUGAAAGCAGCAAUUGAGCAAUGCUGCGCGAAGGGCUUUUAGUUAGGCCAGCUGCAAUCAAACUGCCUCUAUGCCCAGCGUAAAUCGGAUGGUUUCUCCUUUUAGGUAGGUAAGCUUUCUGCUUCAACACCAGAAGAAGUGGCUUUAGUUAAAUUCCAUACAGUGAAACCCCAGUGAUGGACAUUACAAUUAUAAUAGUGUAUUUUAGUUGAAGAUUGGGUAUUGAUUUUAGCAACAUCCAAUACUUGCUGAAAAUUUGGAUGCUGAGUAAUAGGGGCUUCUUUUGACAAAAACGAUGUGUUGGAAAGAAAGCCUGACUGCAGGCACAUCUUGCACUAAGUUUACAGAAGAAAAUUUGCCAUAAAUUCACAUCUCAGCUAUUGUGAUGGUCAGCGUUUGCCUUAAACUCAGUGGGAUUGUGUGGUGUUCGACACCUAACCGGCCUCGUGCCAGAUCAAUGUAUUGAAAGCAAGUCGUUCAGCUUGGUAGAAGCAGUUCUCUGCAACAGACUGCAGAUUUGUCAUGUUUUGUAGUGCCUCCUGUUUUUCUAUUGCCUGUGUUGUGAUUGAGGAAUGAUGCACAAAUGGAUGUAAGUGGCGCACGGUGGGACACAAAGUCCCGUGUUCCUCAGCCCAGCCGAGCAGCUGAAGGCAACUGAGGAAAUUCUGGACUGCGCUGGUUUUUUUUUGUAGCUAUACUCUUAAUUCUUGCCAAAAAGGUGCGUUCGUCAAACGGCGAAGGAUUAAAGACAACAUGGCGUGGGUCUAAUCAGAGUUCGGAAUGUAUGUAAGUGUUCAGUGUUCUCUAUGACUUGGUGAGGACAGUACAAAAGUAGAACUCUGUGUUUGAUCUUCCAAAUCCUCUGAAGUGUUCUGGUGCUUGUUAAACAUAGGCCUUGUCUAUCAAGUAGAAACAAAAUCACACUGCUUUAACUUGACUGGAUAAUGAAAGCUAUAUUUGCUUCUACACUAGAAAAAAAAAUGUUGUAUCAAUGUAAAGGUACUCUUUUAUUCCUUUUCCCUGUGGGAAUAUGUUAUACCAGUGUCAAUACAAAGGUGGUAUAUAGCUCUUUUCACAGUGAGAAUUGCAUAAAUGUAGUUGAUUUGGAAGAAAAAUGACAUUCCCAGCCAGAAUACUUCCUGACAGUGCAGAAAUUGUAUAAACAAGGCCUUGGUUUAAGGCUGGUCUUAUGACCACGUAUUUUGCUGUACAUAAUGAUGGUAUUUUUAAAAAUCCAAGCUUGUUCUAUCGCCAGAAAGCAUGCCUCUGAAAUCCCAGUCUGUGAUUGUAACUAUGCCGUGUUCCGGACCUCGUUGCAAAUACAAGUGUGGUUCUUCCCAA